GUUCAAACGGUUAACACGCCUGGUACUAGAGUUGCAGUUAAUGCCACUAUUACAGUAUCUUGGACAUAUAAUGCUCCAACAACUCCAACAAAUUCAUCAGCCACUUUGUAUGCUAUCGACAAUGUAACCAAAAAUUCAGUUAUAAUUACCGAUAAAAUAGAUCCCUCUGCCAAAUCUUACCGAUGGGUGGUCAAUGUCCCACCAGGCACUUAUUACCUUGAUCUUAACGAUGGGACUGGUGAUAAGAACACAGGAGCUUUCGAAGUCUUUGAUGCUACUCCUGGUACUCCUUCUUCUACUCCUCCUAGUCCUUCUGCUCUUUCUACUCCUUCUGGCUCUACUCCAACUUCGGGUACGGGUACAGGUACAGCCAGCACCCCCGGUUCUUCACCUGCCAAACAUAGUGGUGCUGCUCC